UACAGUAUGUUUAAAAGUCAGAGCAUGAACGGGAGUUUAGCGUGAGAACUCUCAAUUAGCGUGAGAGGUUUAUGAUUAAGGAUUGCUAUCUCUUUUACAAUGUACCUUAUUGAGCAAGAAAGAGAAUGGACUUUUAAAAGACUGGCCUUUUAAAAGGCAGCCUGACAAGACAGAGGCACCCAGCAAGAGGCGAAAAUGGCCGAGAAAAUGAGUAAUUUGGCUAACAGAAUAAAUCUAUUCUUGGCUGGCUUGAAGGAAAAAGACAAGAAGGAGUUGCUACUUACUUACAAAGGAGUGCUGUAUCCUAAUCUGCUUUGUAGCUCAGAAGCCUUUGAAGCCUUGGAAACCAUGGAAACUAGAAAGGAAGAUAUGCUGAUAGUCGCCUAUCCGAAAUGUGGUACUAACUGGAUGCUACAUAUUGUAAAUGAAAUGGUAGAUGCGUGUAACAAGGACUUACCACCACCAGAGGGCUUCCAAAUGCUUGAAUUUAAAGGGCCAGAAGACAUUCAGGCAAUGAAAAACCAGCCUUCUCCGCGUGUUUUUACUACUCACCUUCAUUACGAUAACAUUCCAAAAUCUUUUAUUAAGAAUAAGGUGAAGAUACUGGUGAUUUUUCGAAACCCCAAAGAUGCAGCUGUCUCCUAUUACCACUUCUACAAUAAAAAUCCUGUGCUUCCAAAUGCCAGCUCCUGGGAUGAAUUCUUUCAGAAGUUCAUGAGUGGUGAAGUGUGUUGGAAAUCCUACUUUGACCAUGCUCUUGCUUGGGACAAACAUAUGGAUGAAGAAAAUAUCAUGGUUCUCACAUUUGAAGAUCUGAAAGAAAAUCUUUCUGUAGGUGUGAAACAAAUUGCUGAGUUUUAUGAGCUUCCUCUGUCCGAUGAGAUGAUGCAGUCCAUUGCAGACAAAGCCACUUUUCAAUCAAUGACUAAUACAUCCAAAGCAACCCAUGGUGAAUUUGGUCCUAUCCUUUUCAGAAAAGGUGAAGUGGGUGACUGGAAGAGUUUGUUCACUGAAGUUCAAAGUCAGGAAAUGGAUGCAAAAUUUGAAGAAUGUUUAGCAGGAACAAAACUGGGUGUAAAGCUAAAAUAUGAUAAAUACUGCAAAUUUUAAAUCUUGGAACUUUGGAAGUCGUUGAUUUAAGCCAAUUAGUUUUUUUCUCUCUCAAAUAAGAAUGAAAUGAAUAAAGUGAUCUAUACAGUUACACAGAACAUUUUGAUAAUUUUAAAAAUGUGUUUUAAUAAUUUUAUUGUUUUUAAUGUAUUUUAAUUUGUAACUUUAAAAUAUUUUAAAUUUUGUACACCACCUAGAGAUAUGCAUAUCAGGUGGUAUAAAAAUAUGAUAAAUAAAUAAUAAAUAAAUAACAUUAAGAAUA